ACCUGAAACCGGAGGGGGAGGGUAGCGGGACGAGCAAUAGUAUAGUCAGAGAUGGUGGUUUCAUCGGCAGAGAAUAAUACUGUUGUUUGGUGUCACUUGAUUAUUUUUUAAGUAGGUGAUUUUAGUGUUGAAAUGUUGUAUUUAAAAUACACGUUAGAACUGCAAUCACUAGAUUGACACAUGUUAAUUUAUCUGUGUGUGGACUGCGCAGUGUAGCGGAAUCUUUACUGUGGACUUGAAGACUGAGAAAGAGCAGGAUUUCUGGGAGAUGUUGAGAGCCAACAACCCGAAGACAAAGAACUGACUUUCGAAGUUUAGAGAAAACCGCUGUCCUACAUAUCUGAAGGCCCGAUUUGGAAACCGCUUUCGAGCCGCUGUAGCACUGCGAGAGAUAGUACUACAGGCGAUAUCUGCAUAGACUGCAAAAAAAGAGAUUUAAGAAGAAAAACGUGUCAGGGAUUUCGUUUACAGUACAGUUAUGGGGUUGUUAUUUGCAAAACUCUGGAGUUUCUUUUGUAACCAAGAACAUAAAGUGAUCAUCGUUGGACUGGAUAAUGCCGGGAAGACAACAAUCCUUUAUCAGUUUUUGAUGAAUGAAGUUGUUCACACAUCGCCUACUAUAGGAAGCAAUGUAGAAGAAAUAGUUGUCAAAAAUACCCAUUUCCUAAUGUGGGAUAUUGGUGGACAGGAGUCACUCCGAUCUUCAUGGAACACCUAUUACUCCAACACAGAGUUUAUCAUUUUAGUUGUGGACAGCACAGACAGAGAGAGGCUGUCGAUCACAAAGGAAGAACUGUACAGAAUGCUGGCUCACGAGGAUUUGCGGAAGGCAGCAGUUUUAAUUUUUGCAAAUAAACAGGAUAUGAAGGGGUGCAUAUCGGCUGCUGAAAUUUCAAAUUACCUCACCCUUAGCUCUAUAAAGGAUCAUCCAUGGCACAUUCAGUCAUGCUGUGCGCUUACAGGAGAAGGUUUAUGCCAAGGCCUGGAGUGGAUGACCUGUAGAGUUGGUGUGAGAUAACUGCUUGAACAACAAAGACACUUCCUAUUUAUUCUUCAUACAGUACAUGAACAUUGUUUUCUGUUACCUGUGGCUGGAGGAGUGGCUGCUUUUUAAUUUAUCACAACACAAACCUCUCCAAACAACACUUGAAUCAAGUGAUAUUGACUUUGGAAGCUCUGUAGACCUUUAUAAGCUACCUUUACGAACUAGCUUUGAUGUGCUGGAUGCACAUUGUAGCGCAUCUGUUUUUCACACAAGGCUUAAUACAUGUAAGAUUUUAUUAUUAUUUUUAAAUACUAUAUACAUACCUUCUACCCACUAUGCGGACAUGUCUUAGAGUUUAAGAACUAAAGCUUUUCUACUGCAUAAUUUCAUAAUUUCUAGGAUUGCUAUCACUGGUUGUUUUUAUAGUAUAUUAAUACAGGGGCAUGUAAAAUAGGAAAACACCCAAGCACUGCUUUAUCAAUUUGUGUGUCCCUGUGCAAGUAAAAACUGUAUGAAAAGUGCACACUAAACAAUACAGUUGGUUGAAGCUACUGACUGUUCAAGCAGCUUUGGUGAAAGUUAGUGAGGCUUUUACUUUUAUAUGUACAAAAUGAAUGCAUGUUACUCAAGCCACUGUCAUUUCAAAUUCAAUCCAAUGCAGAAAUCUCCAUAAUUAUUAUUAAUAAAUAAUAAUAAUAAUAAUAAUAAUUGAGAAUUAUGAGAAUAAGACUAUUUAGGGGUGCACAUAAACUACUGUAGAAUAAGCUGAAGUGGGUUGUAUUGCCUUUGGAUUGCUGUACAUUUCUUUAGUAUUUUGGUUGUGUAAUAUGCAUUGGGCGGACAGUGUAAUUCUCAAGUCAGCUGGACACUGCAGUACGGGGGGGGGGGGGGGGCAGCAUUCAGAACUGACAUUUAGGUGUUUUUUUUUUUUUUUGUAUAUAAACAGUUAAAUUGACUGAUGAGAGAAAUGCUGCCUAUGUUAAAGGUUAAUGCUUUAUAGUUCUAGCAUUAAAGGCCACUUGCAGUGACA